UUUUUUUUUUUCUUUUUCUUUUUUUUUAUUUUUUCUUUUUUUUUUUUUUGUCUCAAUCAUUCCUCAAUAAUAAAGAUGCUUUCAUCUAACCAUCAAUCUAAUGAAUAUGAUAAUCCCUUCUCAUCAUCCUCAGAUCCUUAUUCUACCUUCAUUGAACCUGACUUAGACUUGACUGGUCAAUCCACUAGACAACCUUCUCAGCCUACUGUCGACUCCACUCCAUCUAGUUAUUCCAAUCCUUUUGCUAAUCCUGCUCUGUCUGGUAAUAUUGGUAGCUCUACUCGUUCACCCGUUACAAAUCCAUCAGCCUCUUCGACAACUUAUCAAUAUACUGGUGAAGAUACUCUAGAUGAACCUGUUUCAGUCACUAUUUUACGUGAUUUGAAAAAGGUGGCCAACAAAAUGCUACAAGUGCUUCAUCCAAAAGGCGAUCGGCACGUAUUAAGAGACUGGGACUUAUGGGGACCUUUAUUAUUAUGUCUGUCUCUGGCAAUUACUUUGAGUACUAGAGCACCUGUUGAUCAAAGUGUAUCCAUUUUUACUGGAGUUUUUGUUAUUGUCUGGCUUGGCGCGGCUGUUGUUACACUGAAUGCCAAACUUCUUGGAGGUGCUGUAUCCUUUUUCCAAUCAGUGUGUGUUAUAGGUUACUGCUUGUUCCCAUUAGUUGCUGCAUCGAUUGUUUCAAUUUUUGUACAUCUGAUUUGGAUCCGUCUUCCUAUAGCCAUUGUUACUUUUGCUUGGUCGACUUAUGCUUCUGUAGGUUUUUUAUCCGAAUCUCAAAUCAAUUUAAGCAAUAGACGUGCUUUGACUGUGUAUCCUCUUUGUUUAUUUUAUAUGGUAAUUUCUUGGCUUAUUUUGGUAUCUUGAAUGCAAGUAUUGUAUCCCUCCCAUCCCUAUUAUAUUCCCCUCAUCCUUCGUCUUCUAGUUUUUUAUUAUUAUUAUUAUUUCCUUCCGUAUCACAAUCAUACAUAUAUCUAUCUAUCGCAACUAUAUAUAUUUAUAUAUCUAUCAAAUUGGAUCUACUAUCAUCAUUGAAAUAAAAUAUACGUGUAUUUUUCUUUUAUUAUCAUUAUUCAUUCAAAAAGUUCAAAAAAAAAAAACGAUAAUCUAAAACUAUAUACAAAGAUCAGGUGUGAAAACUAAGUAG